UACCGUGUUGAACUCAGUGCGCGUCUGAUUUCUUAGCAUUCGGGGCAUCCGCUUUUGUGACAUAAAGUUAUUCAUUGUGUCGGGUUCGGAAGGUUUGCUAGUGACUGACAUGUGACUGAUAAUCAACAGGUAGGACCUUGGCCACAGUGCAAUCUAAAUCUAUCGAUCACGCGUGUUUUUAUUGGUUGGAUAAAAACAAUCUUCGGUCAUGCCUUACUAUUCCGAUUUCUCAUACAGUACUCCUAGUAGUUCGUAUUCCUUGGCUGGCCCUUAUUCCACCCAUUCCUCCUUAUUGUCCUCGAAUUUCUCCCCGUCAUAUACCAAACCCCUUCCCAGGCAUCUCAGGGGAGGGUACAAACCACACCUCACCACGAUCAGCGAACUGAAUUCGCCUCUGAGGAGGGUCAACUCUCCAAAGUCAGUGUAUCACACGAAGCCUAGUUUCAGCAUCCGUCCCAUCAAGGUCAUAAAUACUGCUGAUAUUGAUGUGUCGAAGAACAGAUACAGAAAGUUCGAGAAGUAUGAUCGACCGAAAACUGAAGCAAAGGAAAUCAGCCUCGAGAAAGCUCCAAGCCCUAAGAGGGAGAGUCCACGAAAUUCAUUAGGAGAGAAAGAAGCCAAGCCCAACCUCACCAUACGAAGAGACCGACCCACAGUUAGACUACAAACAGUCCAUAAGGACACGUUGAAGAACGAGAUAGGAGCUAUCAAGAGCUGGAGGGAUAACUUUCAGCCUGAAGAGCUUGUGGUGGAAGCGAAAAGAAGAAAGAAAACUCCUGGAGAAAUACUCAAGGAGAAGUUCUUGAUACGUAGCAGGAGCAAGGAGAACAUUUUGAAUGAGCCACCGAAGGUGAGCAGUAGUAGGAAAUCAGUAAAGAAAUCUCCAAGUUUUCAUGACAUCUGUGAAGCUAUCACCUCUGAUAGAGUCGGUGACGACUUGAAUCCUGGACAACCUGUAGAUAUCCAGAGAAGGCAGAGUAGACGGCUCUCGAGUCGAAAUUUGAUUGAAGAGAUCCGAAGAUCUUCAACUGAGCUAUCGGAAGAGGAUUUGAACCUUUUGAAUGUGAUAUUGUCUCAACAGAACGUUAUUAGUCCAGUAGCUGAAGAUUCUAAUGCUUCUCGUGAUAAUGUACGUAAGAAAAAAAUUACAAAGAAAAAAUCUAGCAUGCUUCUGCUUCCUUCUUCAAAUGAUAAUCUAGAUGGAGAGCAAGCUGCACCGAAUAGUGAAGUGAAAUCACCAUCAACCCGAGAAGCGAGUAAAAUGAAGCGAACAAUAUCCAAUGGCAUGCCAUCAGGUGCAGUUGAUGAUGAACACACUGAUUCAUUGAAGAAUGCAAUUUAUGAAAACGCUAUCAGAGAUAUAUCACAGGUAGAAAUCCAGCAGACCAAGUUCAAACAGAAACCGGUCAUAACUGCAACUGUGGAAGAACUGGAAGAACCAACCACUACAUUGAAAGCUGUAGUCAAUGAUGUUGAGGUGGAGGAAUCUCCUAAAAUGAAGAAAGAAAAGAAAUUCAGAUUCAACGUUGUAGUGGAAGCUACCCCACAAAUAUCAUAUGAGAAGUUGCCACUAGUGGAAAUAAAAAAUAGUGUUCUUUUGCCAAAAGCUAAAGAGCCAGUGAUCACUAGUAUUCUCAAGAAGAAACCAAUUCAACAAAUGGGAGUAAUUUCAAAUGAAAGUAAGAAAGUAGUGAAGAUAGUUUCGUCCAAAAAGACUGAUGAUAUAGCGAUAGAACGUAACCAGAGAAUAGCCGAAAACGGGAUAAAAGAAAUUAAAUCACCAAAUAAUAUCGAGAUGAAAAGAGUUGGUGAGUUUGAGAUAAAUGGUCCAAUUGACAGAAAGUUUUCAUCUACUCCAAUUCCUAAAUUCACACCAUUGGUUAACAAAGUAUUGACAAAAAAAGAUAAUAAUUCUGCACCCAAUCUAUCGAAUGAGACAAUGGUACAAAAGGAAGAGACGAAUUCUGCCAAAAUCGAACCAUUAUUAGACAAGGAAAACCGUUCGGCUCCAACAUCUCUUCACAGGAGAUUGCAGAAAACCGUGUCAGAUGAUUCACCUUGUUCAAAAAUCGAACUCGUAGUAGGAUCCACAAAUCAUUCAGCAAGUUCUUCUCAAACAAGUGUUUCAGAGAAAGCAUCCAUUUCAAGUGACAUAAAGGAUGAUUUGACAAGUGACCUGUCAAGCAAGAACACAGAUUCAGGCACAAGCAAGGAAUCUUCACCUUCAUCUUCCUCAACCAGAAACGAUACUGUAUCUGACAAAACAAAUCAGUCGGAAGUGACUUCUUCAAUUGAGCUUUCAACCUCUGAAGAAAUAACAGAUAUCAAAACAGCUUUGACAGACGAAAAUGACAAUAUCUUAGAUGGCGUUGAUACGACUGACAAGAAAGCACCAUCAAAGAGGUCUCUGGUGCAGAAAGCCAACAAAGACGACCCAGACCUACAAGUUUUUGAACCACCAGAACCAGAGCCGGAACCAGAACCGGAACCAAAAGAUGAAAAAGAAGUGUUCGUCCCCCUCCAGUCCAACCGCUUGUCCCAAUGGAUGCACCCCUGGAAAAAACCCGAACAGUUCGAAGAGUGCCCUGUGGAAAUUUUCGCUCGGCCGAAAAUCAUACGCGGUAGACACUAUCCGAGACCACGUGGUCAUCCCGCGCCCCAACCGGAAAGCGCAGAAGAAGACGAAGAUAGCGAAGAAGAAGACAGCUCUAGCGAAGAAGAGAGUUCUACUUCUUCUUCCGAUUCUUCUUCUGGUGAAGAGGAGGAUGGUGGGGAUACAGUUAAUACGAAAAUCGGAGCAAGUACGUCCUCGAAUGACUCUGGCUUUGGUUCGGGAGCACCCGGCAACAACAAGGACUGCGACGUUAAUAUCCAUAAAAAAUGUGAAAAGUUGACAGCCAACCUGUGCGGCGUGAAUCAGAAGCUCGUGGUUGAAGCAAUCGAGUCCGUUAGAAAAGGAUCCCUGGAUAGCCGCGACUCACCGGACGUGAAACCCUCCAGCAAUCCUGCUUUUUCUCUGGACUUCGGCGACCUGCCGGAAGAGUGCUCCCAGUCGAGCACUUUCUCCGGAUUCCAGAAAAGCGGCAGGAUCACGCCGCCUGCUACGACCAUACCGCGGUUCAGAAAGUACUGCAUUGAUGACUUCAACUUCCUGAAGGUGCUCGGCAAAGGUAGCUUCGGCAAGGUUCUCUUGGCAGAAUUGAAGAGUACAGAAUAUUACUAUGCCGUCAAGUGUCUGAAGAAGGAUGUAGUCCUGGAAGAUGAUGACGUUGAAUGCACUCUAAUCGAAAGGAAAGUUUUAGCUCUAGGAACAAAACAUCCAUACCUUUGCCAUCUUCUAUGUACUUUCCAAACGGAGUCGCACCUUUUCUUCGUCAUGGAAUACCUGAACGGUGGCGACCUAAUGUUUCACAUCCAGACGUCCGGCCGCUUUCCGGAAAACCAGGCCAGGUUUUACGGCGCAGAAAUUGUUUCCGGUCUCAAAUUCCUUCACAACAAAGGCAUCGUCUAUAGAGACCUGAAACUGGACAAUAUUCUUCUGGAUUUUGACGGCCAUGUAAGGAUAGCGGACUUUGGAAUGUGCAAAUUGCAAAUAUUCCUUGACAGGAUGGCCGAAACUUUCUGCGGUACGCCGGAUUACAUGGCGCCCGAGAUCAUCAAGGGGCAGCACUAUAACCAGUGCGUGGAUUGGUGGUCGUUCGGAGUACUAUUGUACGAAAUGCUUUUAGGCCAAUCACCUUUCAGCGGCUGCGAUGAAGAUGAACUGUUCUGGUCCAUAUGCAACGAAAAGCCUGUUCUACCCAGAUAUCUAUCCACCGAAGCAACUAACAUCUUAACAUUGUUUUUGGAGAAAGAUGCUAGUAAACGAUUGGGGAACAGGUUUUCUCCUCAUGGGGAUAUUCAGGAUCAGCCGUUCUUCAGGAGCAUAGAUUGGUGUGCGCUAGAAGCCAGGAAGUUAGAGGCACCCUUCAAACCGAAUCUGCAACAUCCUUUGGACACUCAAUACUUCGACAAACACUUCACCGUGGAAAAAGCGAAGCUCACGCCCAUCGAAACCACGAUUUUGCAAUCCAUGGACCAAUCCCAGUUCCAGGGAUUCAGCUACACGAAUCCCAACGCGACCGAUAAGUGACAGGUUCGCGGCGGCGAAGCUCUCGGUUCAGUUGGUUCUGGUAGCUAGCGAUAGCUUCAGCUUCAAAAUGUGGUAUUUGGGAUCGGUAGCGGUUUUUACCGAUUCAAUGUUGUCCAAGAUUGUAUCUGUAGCUCGUGAGAUACGAUGGAUAUUUGGCGAUACUUGGUAUUGAGAUCAUUGGACAGAUAUAAAACAGGGAUUCAUCUUGUCCAUAAUAGCCCAUAUCCUUUCAAGGAAUGUUUAAAUGAUGAUAUGAAGGUACAGCUGGGUAUCAAUCGCCUGAAGCCUUCAUAUUCAAUACUCUUUUUAUCAGGAUUGAAGAUGAUUAUGAUUUGUUUGUUGAGUUAUACUACAUAUCUAACGGAUGAUAACAUAUCUAUUAGACAAGUCAUAACUCCAGACAUAUUUUUACUCUUCGAUAAUUUCCGGUUUCACUAGUCUAGCAAAUAAAGCUCAUAUAAACAUGUGUCCUAACUUGCUCGGUUUUUGAGAUACAGGAUUUUGAAGUUGGAAGUAUCAAUUGUUUUCAUUUAUAACCCCCUAUAUAUA